ACUCGGCACUCUACGUCAUUGCUGCGGAAUAUCAUUAGUAUUAACUGCGUAGUAUAUUUUCUUAUUCAGUAUUUUUUUGCGAGGCAGACUGCUCGAUAAUACAGCAUAUUUUCAAGACAAAAUACGGAAAUAUCAACCUGAAAACAUUUCUACUGGAAGGGAGAACACAACUAAAACACAAGGAUGCAUCUGUACUUCAUCGCCUUCAUAGUGGCUAGCGCCCUCUAUCUGGUGAGUGGCACCUACCCGAUAUCCCCAUCUGACAGGUUGGCUUUGAGAAGCUACCUGAGGGAGGCUCUACUGGGUGACAUGGACGAGGUCAUGGUGGGACCGGCUACCAGAGAGGAGAGUGCCGCUAAUAAUAAACUCAUCAUCCCGCCAAAUACAUUUGUAUCAGGAGGAGCUGGAGAGGGUAAACAACACCUUGGAGCCAGCGGGAAGAUCCCCAACAAACAGGUAGCCCUACCUGAGGUUCGCCCUGGCUACUCUACUCCGCCUAACCCAUGCCCAAAGACUAUGGAUAAAGACGGAAGGGAUAUUGUCAAGUCAGAGGUACACCCAAGGCUUGUCUGUUACUGCAUGAGUGGAUGGGAAGACACCGGCAGUGAUGAAGACUGCACUGAAUCUGAUAACUGCUGCCUCGCACAGAUGCCCAACACCGCUGACUUCGUCAACCAGUACCAGCAGGCCGGAGAACCAAAGGAACAGUCUUACAUGCCGUUCAAACGGAAUCAGUUCCAUGAUGGAGAACAAAGGGUUCAACUUGUGGCUAAGAAAUCACCUGAAGUGAUUGCCAAACGAAGCCUUGGAAGCAGACGACUCCCAACAAAGCGUUACAACCCAUUCAUUGACGGCCAACCGUACAUGGAGGGAGUCGUUGCCAAAAAGUCACCAGGCCUCUCUGGUCUGCCUGCCAUGUAAACCAUGGGGCAAAGGUCAUCGGUUAAAGGUCACACAGAAGACUUUAUAAAUUUAUAACGGUUGUCAUCAAUUUAAAUUUAUUAUCAAGUGUUGAAAUGGACUUGGUCAGUUUAUCAUCAAAACGAGUUUGUAUUUCUGUUCAAGGGGGGAAAUCUAUGCAUACUCGUGAUUAAUCCAUUUUGAGAUUUGGUUUGGCUUCAUCUCGAUACACUUACAUCAAAUAGUGCACUCCUUGUCCGCAUUGCCUUAAAGGGCUCUGCUCUAGUAAUAACAUUGUAACAAUCAAAUGAUAAUAGUUUCUAGUGAUCGAUGACAACUGUUAAAUUGUUUUGAGAAUAAAAACGAAGAAAAUACUUAACGCACAAGCCAAACUCAAUGUGCACGAAAAUUAAAAUACUUAAGAAUGACAUUUCUAAUAUUACUAAGGGAUAUUUUUCCCCAAUGUUAUCAAUUUAACUCUUCUUCUUAAAGAAAUGAAUUUCACAGUAUCGACGAUGAGUUAAUCUAAUCCGCAAAACGGAUCAGUUUUAUCGAUUACUAUGAUCACAUUAAUUAUUAGGUUAAAGUCGGUUUCAAGUUACGAAACAGACUCCUGUUUUGGAGUUGAAUGAUUGUGCUUGCCAGAAUGUCAGAUGGGUUAGCUUAGGAGAGUGGUUAAGAGGGGGGAACAUGUUUGUAAAGACAAAUCUUUGAAGAAGAAAAAAAAUCCAGCGAAAUAAAUAAUGAUUAUUUGGAAUUUGAUUCUUUCUCAAUGAUGUAGGACUUUAGAGGAUAAGGUAACGAAAGUACAGUACUUUUCUGUUUAGUUUUAUGCACUUGACGUCAAGAAGGGCGCCCUCGCCUAGAGGCCAAAAGAAGGUUGUUCAAAAUGCGUUAAUAGGUUAAAAUUUUAUUUGAUUCUAAAUAAGUUAAUUGUCAUCACGACAUCUUGUACGGAUUAGAUUUUAAAUGAUUGUACUAAUUUAUUAGAUUAAGUAUCAAAAAUGGCGUUUGGCAUCUUUUAAAAAGAGUGGCUGCAGAUAUUUCCGAUAGCUGAUAAACUAUGUCACACAAACCCUUGGGUAAGAAUAUCUUUGAAGACGGUGAUUUCUUCACAGAGCAGUGAAUAAGACUCUCUGAAAUUUCUUAACGAGAAGUUGACAAAUACACACAUAAAACCUACAUGAAUCCAGCAGUCACCGUAAGCCUAGUAUAAUUUUACAAAGAAGUUGACAAAUACACACAUAAAACCUACAUGAAUCCAGCAGUCACCGUAAGCCUAGUAUAUUUUUACAAAGCGUAAUGUAGGCCACUACUGACAAUUUAGCUGGCAGAUAAAGCCUGUAGUUUUAGUCUUACACUAGUUUGAAUUUGUACACACCACUGCACCUUUAAUAAAUUAAUUGUCCUAGUUUGCAGCAUCAAGCACCCUCUAUAUAUAAAAUCAUAUUAUAGCAUGCUGUAUGUUUUUAGCACAGUUUUUAUUUUUGAUUCUUGCACUUUAACCUGGCGAGUCCAAAAUGCUCGACUUAGUCUGGCACCAAAAUGAUGAGCUUUUGCGGUAUAGUUUUAGAGCGCCGUUUGCACGUGCACGAAUAACGAGGGGCUUGUGUGUAUAUAGAAGACUAUAUAAAAAAGCUUAUAAAAUAGAUACGUCCUGCAUUAUAUCUAAAGACUAUUGAUCUUUAUCAAAAUAAUCUACUUAAUAAUGUACUACUAUUAAGACUACAUAAUUGUUAUAAUAUCAGUCAAUAUUUUGAUAAUAUUUAGACUAAAUUCAAUGAAUCGCUCUUUAAACGAAUUGAAACAACGUAAACAAUUUUUGAAUCACCUUUAUCGAGAGCUUUUAUUGAGUUAAAGUGACUAUAUUUUAGCCUUGUCUUUAAAAUAUUGUUUAACUAGUCUAACUACGCAAACAGUAGUGACGUCAUCAGUAGUCGGCUAAACGUUGUUUAUGCAUGCUCACAAGGUCCCCCAUAUAAGUGAAGACAUAUGUCUAGGAUGUGGUUUGGUUCUCACAUUCUUGAUUGUUUAAAUGAAUUGAAAAUGUUCAAAAGAAAAGUAAAUUGUCCGAAAUACAUUUGCCAUAAUAAAUAGUUGUUCAUCCCCAAGAAAUAAUAACAA